AAGAAUAGAAAGAUCGGAGUUUUACAUUCGGUAGAGUUGCUCCCACUGCCAGUCUAGUGUGGAAAAAGACUGCCAGUCUCAAGAUGUGGGAGGAGGCGGAGAAUUCCGUGACCUUGUUGUGCCUUACUGCCAGUAGUGGAGUGCCCUUAUACUGUAGGAGCAGAGGAGGGUCUACAAAGCAGCAGUUACCCUUUUCUGUAAUUGGCUCCCUGAAUGGGGUUCAUAUGUUUGGUUCCAAUUUAGAUGUCCAGCUGAUAGCAGCCCGUACAGAGAAUACUCACGUGAUGUGGAAAGUGUUUCAUAAUAGCAUCACCCUCAUUGCCUUGUCCUCAGAAGAAGAUGCCAGUGACUUUAGUCUUGGAAGGCUUCUUGAGAAUGUUUUCAAUGCCAUGGUACUAGUACUGGGCCUGGAGGAACUAACAAAUAUUCACAACAUUGAGCGUCUCAAAAAGGAUCUAAAGUCAUGUUAUAAACUGAUAGACAGUUUCCUGGAGCCAGGCAAAAGCUGUGCUGAUCUGACCCAAUGUGUGGAAUGCGCUGUGAUGCCUUCCAGAGCAAUUCUGCAGGAAUGCUUAGAAGCCUUUGCCUCUGCAGCAGAAUCCCGAUUUGGUUGUCUGCUUGUGGGUGGUCAUAUCUUAUGUGCAACUGAACAGUGGUGGCAGCUUGCAGCCCCAGAGGCCAUGCUGCUGGUGUGGCUUGUAAAUUCCCUUCCUCCACACACUUCCCGCGAUCUGCCUGUUUACCUUCCCCAAGGCAGUCCCACGAUUCCCCACCGUUUCCUGACUUUUCAGCUUGUGCCUGAUAUGGAAGUAGUAUUGCUCUGUGGGCCUAAUCCCUCCUUACAGUGUCUGACUGAUGAGCUAGUUAAUCAAUUUUGGCAACCACUGCUGGAUCUCCUGAAGGCUAGUGCCAGAGGCCCUGCUAGAUGCCUACCACCUGGCAUUGUCCUUUCUCCUAGUGUCCUGGGGUUACUGCUAAUUAAUCAAGACCAAAGGAAAAGCCUCUUUACGGUGCAUCCUCAUGGGGCUUCAACUGAAGGAUCUGAAAUGUCCAUAAAGAAUCGGCUCUGUGCCCUCCGUUCUUUCUAUGUUUUAGUUACUUCCUUAUACUUCCCUUGUGAGAAGCAAGAAGAAAACACAGUCCCUCUGCUGGAGGACUUUCAUGCUGGUUUCUCCCACUGUCCUCAGCACUGUUAUAUGGUCUACACUACGCACAAAGCCUAUGUUAUCCAUGGGAGGCAGCACCAGCUCUUCUUAAUCUUGAAGACAGACGUACCUACCUUUGCUUUACGAUCUUUAGCAACCUGCACGCUACAGGCUCUCACAGCUGAAGAUUCGGCCUUUUGAGUUGUCUUGUUGAACCCGAUGAAAUUUGGAGUGGUGAGCUAGAGCCCCUCAAUAUAGUUAGAAUGACAUUUUUUUCAUUCAAAUGUUGUAAUGAAAUUUUCUCUGUGCAAUUGAUGAUUAGGCUGUAGAAAAGGAGUUUGAAUUUAUGGAAGUACUUUCAGAAACAGGCGAAAGUGAACAAUUCAAUGCAAUUCCAUUCUCCUUCUACCUUUUUAUGUAAGUAGAAGACAAUACAGCUAAAAAUAGCUGUAGGUAAGAAUUUUGUCUCUCAUAACUUAAUGAACAUUAUGCACUUACAUAAUUUUGUCUAUAACUUAGUAUACAUUAUACAUCAAGAAAAGUGCUUGGGCCAGUCUUGGCCAUAACUAUGAUGUGAUUAUGUAGAAUUCAGCAAUUAAUCUUGAGAGCCAGUUUCGUCUAGUGGUUAAGGCACCAGGUUAGAAACCAAGAGACUGCAAAUUCUAGUCCUGCCUUAGGCACGAAAGCCAACUGGUGACGUUGGGCCAUUCACACUCAGUCUAACCCACCUCACAGGAUUGUUGUGAGGAAAAGAGGAGAAAAUACUAUGUAAGUUCACCAUCUUGAGUUAUUUAUAAAAAUAAUAAAAGGUGGGAUAUAAAUAAAUAGGAAUGCAAGCUGCACUGUGACAGUUAAAAUUAUAGAACUAAAUUUUCCUUUU